AUUCGACAUGAUUGUGGGACAGUUAAUUGCUAUUAGCGUGAAUAGUAAUUCUGAGAUCAUAAGUAACAUAAUUAAUAACUUUGGAGAUGUUUAGAGAAUCAAGCACUGGGCACGAGGAAAGUAAAUAUUUACUGUUUGAUUUCCCUCUGUGAUUUCCCACCCUGCGUGAACGUGGCGGGGAGGUACGACGGUUACUGACAGCGACACUUUCUCUGCAUACUUCGAAAAAUGUCGCUUUCUGAGGAGAUGUACCUGCGCUAUCACGGACUGAUUGUGCCCAAGGAGACUCACUCUUAUGAGAGUUUGGAGUUUGCUCAGGGAUUCAAGUUUGAAGACGACGACGUCCUGGCUGUUACAUACCCGAAGUCAGGUACAAUCUGGAUGCAGGAGAUCCUCCCACUGGUGCUGAAUGGGGGGGAUCUGACCCCCAUCCAUACCAUUCCUAACUGGGAGAGAGUCCCAUGGCUGGAAGAGAAACAGCUGGCACGGGUGGUGGCUAAGUUGGCAUCUCCACGGGCACUGGUCUCACAUCUUCCCUACAACUUCAUGCCCCCUUCCUUCUGUACCUCCAAAGCAAAGGUGAUUUAUCUCAUGAGGAACCCAAAGGACAUCAUGGUGUCUUCAUACUACUUCCACCAGAUGGCCAGCUUCCUUGAGGAUCCAGGAACGUUUGAUGAGUUCAUGGAUACAUUUCUUGAGGGCAAAGUGCUGUUUGGAAAAUGGACAGACCACGUGAAGAGUUGGAGAAACAGUGAACUGGGAGACAGAAUAAUGUACAUUACAUAUGAAGAAAUGGUUCAGGACCUGCCUGCGGCUCUCAGGCGUAUUUCUGAUUUCCUGGGCUGUAAUUUGACUGAAGAAGUAAUUCAGAAGAUAGCAGAGCAUUGUUCCUUCAAGACCAUGAAGAACAACAACAUGUCCAACUUCAGUCUGAUCCCCAAGGUGUACUUGGACCAUGACAAGUCUCCUUUCCUAAGAAAAGGUAUUGCUGGAGACUGGAAAACACACUUCAGCUCAGAGCAACUGGCCCGAUUCACCUCUGUGAUUUCCAAAGAGCUGGAAGGUGAGAGCUUCCCUCUGCCAUGGAGCUUGGAUUGACCACCAUCUGAAAUAGUGAGACGGAGAGAUCAGGAGUGGUAAAGACAAAAUCGAGACCUAUAUCGCGAGUAAUCUUUUAUUUUCUUAUAUAUUUGGAAGGAAAAUGACAAAUGGGUACACCGAUUUACUGAAGCAUGCAAACACACGUGGAAAUACAGUACAUAAGGAGAAAACAAAGUUUGUCUUCUAACAAACUUGAAAGUCAGUAAUUUGUCAAAUCAAUUUUAUUCCUCAACGUAGCCUCAAUUGUCUUGGCAAGGUUUUCUUGUAAAUUCAGUGUUAUCCUGAAAGAUUAAGCCAAUCAGACGUUUUCCAGGUGGUAUUAGAAAGUGGAUCACCUUUAUACCUUUCUCCGGAUCUCCUCCAUACAUAUUGUUGACAAUUUGAACUAGACUUUUUAAAUUUGGAUCCAUCACUCUAAGAGACCUGUUGCCACUGAUCUUCAGUCCAGUUCUUGUAGAAUUUGGCAUACCUCAGCCAUUUCUCUCUGUUCACCUUCCUUAAGAAUGGCAUCUUGACAGCCACCCUUCCACUUAGAUCAUUUCUGAUGAGACUUCAGUGAACAGUAGAUGGAUCAACUGAAGGAUCCGAUCCAUCUUUGAGGUACUGUGUCAGGUCUUUUCUGGAUUUCUUUCCUAAUUCUUAAGGACUGUUCAUGUACUGUAAUAUUUUUUUUAUGCUGGACACUUCUUCAUUUGUCUAUCACUUGUCCAGUUUCUUCAGGUUUCUUUUAGUAGACAUUGCACACCAUGUCUAGAUGUGCCAAUUUUUAAAUUUACUGGAUGGGACAACUGUCUCUCAACUGUCCAUUUAGCAUUGUGUUCUAGAAAUACUGUCUCAGCACUUCUAGAACACAAUGCUAAAUGGCAUGAUCAGGAAGUGAGACUACGGUUUAGAGAAGGCCUCAGAGGGGACUGGUGGCAGCUCGUGCUUUACUGAGCUGCAGGUGCUGGAAGGGUAAAGGUGCUUUCACGUGCCAGCGUUUUCCUUCAUCACCACAAAGGAAAACGUUUUGUAUUGUCAGAGUUCGCUGAAUUUUUGGCACAGGUUUACGUGCUUAUACAGGGACCUCCAGAGUCUUUCCAAUGGCUCUGCGGACCUCAGGGGGAAAGCAGUGUUGUGGAAAUUACACACUCUUCACUAGUCGGGAUAGUUACAAAGCUUUCUUCGUUAUGAAUGAGCGAUACAUGUUUUUAUUGAACAUUUGAAGGUAAUAAAACUAGUGCUGUCAGCGUUAAUCUCGUUAAAAUGACGUUAACGUCAUAACCACAUUAACGUGGCAAAUCUCCAUUAGCGAGUUAGCGCGGAUCAUCCGUGUGUGGGGCUGCAUGGUGUCAACGCAUUAGCACGGUUAGCUCGUUAACGUACAGAUCUUAACAGGUGCCAUUUGUGGUCCUUAUACACACACAAUACGAUAAUAUUAAGUUGAAGCACAGUACGUUUUACUCCGCGAGGCUCCUGACUACAGUAGCCAUA